UAAUAAGGUGUUCUGAAUAUGUGACAAUGUACUCAUGAACUGACAUUUGUUUAGAUCUCCUGAAAUGAGUGCAGCCAUGGAGAUGAUCUUCACACAGGACAGGAUCACAGAAGUGUACACUUUCUUUCCUGGUCUACUUGUGGACGUUAUGUUCUUUAAUGGUUGUGUGAAUCCUUUUGGAGGAGUGAAGGAGACUAUGAAUGGAGAGAAGCCAAACAGGCAUGUCUGCAAAUGUCAAGUUCAGCAGUUGUUGGUGUAUUUCCAGUCAAAGACCCGCUGUAUUUUACUUACAAUGGAGAUAGAGAUCCAUAAUGAGAGCGCAGAUUUGAAUUACAAAAGAAUCUGUGCUUCAUCUGUUAUCCGGAGAUCUGCGGAACACAUCAUUACCCUUGUUAUAGACGACCGCUGGAAAACAACGCUUUGUAUCUGCAUCUGUAAAUCAUGCAACCUUGAGUUAAAAAAUCUGCAAGGUGUUUUGUACAGAGAAUUUGGGCCUACAUUCAUCUUCAUACUAUCUAAGAACCAAAUGAGCCUGAUGUCCUCUGACGAGUCGAAAGCGGCUGGCGUCAGGAUCUGCUGUGUUCAGAUGCUGUCAAAGUUCUACACAACACUAUGUCCAAAAGAUGCAUUUCUCUCAGGCAGGGUGGAGAGUGUGCAGCCGGACAGCAGCAGAUGGGUUGGGCGAUUUUUUCUGACAGCUGUGUUACUGCUUGGAACCUACAUGAGAAGAAUGAAAAUAUCACCAAACAGUGUCAGUCCUGUUAGCGACAGUAACUCCACAAUGGUGCUGCUUUUAAGCCUGAUGUCGCACACCUUUUCACCGUCAGCCACCAUCCACCAGCCCUCAGAGUGGUCCCGCAUCACUGUCAGGAUCUCUGUUACUGUCUACCUCUUUUGUGCUUUGGGUACAACUGUGCCUGUGUUACUCCUCUGCAGGGCUGCACACAAUGUCAUGAAACUGUUAUGUCUGUCAGAACAGCAGUUUAGGGCUCUGCCUUUUAAUGUGUUGUUACUCUGUGGCUUUUCUUCUUUAAAUAGGAACGUGAAACAGUGGAUUGAAGACAUACUUGUUGAGGGUAAUGUUGGAUCAACACAAAGAUCCUGGUCUUUGUUAAGGCAGAUGGAGCUACUGGCUACUUCUUACUGUAUGUUUUUCUUACUUCUGAACUUCCUCCAAUUCAUCCUGGCAAAACUGAAUUUUUUGAGUGUCCUGUUACAUGUGCAACUGGUAAUCUGCCUUCAGAAUUCAAGGAUACCAACAAAGUAUAUUCUGGAUAUUAAGAUCCGCAGGUUGAUUUGAAUUCACUUUUCAUAAACUUUCUGUACCAAUAAAGGUGUCAU